UCAGUGUAUUCCAAGUGUUGUAUGUUAUCAAAAGAAAUAACUCAGAUAUACAGUUCAAUAUAUUUGACAGAAUAUCACCAGUUUAGUUCAGUACAGUAGCGCAGGCCAAUGCUUUAAUUAACCAGAGACCGUAAAUAUAAAUGCAAUAGAUUUGAAACCGAAGUACAGUGUUGACCAUCCAUCCCCAAGCCCGGCGGAGUCUAUGACCCAGCGGACAGGGUGGUACAAUAGCCCUGUUAUGCCGUAAUGCGGAGAGCUUGCUGCUAACUCUGGGAAAUACUGUCCCCCAAAAAUACCGUUUUACUAAGAGUCUGCGGUGUUUUAUAUGUGAAGAAUUGGGUGAUAGAAAUCACGAGUCUCAAUAAGCUGCAGAAUUUACCGCAGCCCCAAGGGAUGAGAGGAGGGUGGUUGGAGUGCACCAGAGGAAGACUUUUAACGUGACAUUUAUGGAUACGUCAGGAUGAAACGGCUCAGGUCUUCAAGCAGCAGUGACAGUUCUGACAAUGAGAGUCCUUCCACCUCAUUCUGCUCCUCCAACAAGUAUGGAAGCAAACCUGGAACCCCUGCUCCCAUGCCCAAGAAACCAGCAGAGGUGUUCAGGAAAGACCUGAUUAGUGCCAUGAAGCUGCCAGACUCUCACCAUGUCUCCCCUGAAGACUAUUACCUGCUGGGGGACACCUGGAGACAGGAGUGGGAGAAGGGGGUGCAGGUGCCCGCCUUCCCUGAAACCAUCCCACACGCCUCUAUCAGGAACAUAGCGGAGAAGCCUAAGGAGGUGUUGUUCACCCUACAGAAGAGGUAUAUCCAGUGUUGGAGCCAGGCCUCUACAGAGACGGGUUACGUUAACAUCAAGGAGCUGGCUGAGGCCAUGUGCUCUUAUGACCUGGAUAACAUGGACCUCUACUGGCUGCAGGCACUCAACGCUGAGCUGGAACACAUGGGGGAGGGGCCUGUAGACGAGCUGACAAUGGAGCGCACCAUGGAGGCAUUGGAGCGUCAUUGCCAUGACAACAUGAACCACGCCAUCGACACGGUAGAAGGGCUGGGCAUCGAGUAUGACGAGGAUGUCAUCUGUGACGUGUGUCGCUCCCCCGACAGCGAGGAAGGCAACGACAUGGUCUUCUGUGACAAAUGUAACAUCUGUGUUCAUCAGGCGUGUUAUGGUAUAGUGAAGGUACCAGAUGGUAACUGGCUGUGCAGGACGUGUGUCCUGGGCAUCGACCCCCAGUGUCAGCUGUGCCCCAUCAAGGGAGGGGCGAUGAAGGCUACGCGGGCGGGCACCAAGUGGGCACACGUCAGCUGUGCCCUGUGGAUCCCUGAGGUGAGCAUCGCGUGUCCAGAGAGGAUGGAGCCCAUCACCAAAGUGUCUCACAUCCCCCCCUCCCGCUGGUCUCUCAUCUGUAGCCUCUGUAAACUGAAGACUGGUGCCUGUAUACAGUGCUCAGUGAAGAACUGCACCAUCCCGUUCCAUGUGACGUGUGCCUUCGAGCACAGCCUGGAGAUGAAGACUGUCCUGGAUGAAGGAGAUGAGGUGAAGUUCAGGUCCUACUGCCUGAAGCACAGCAAGCCCAAGAACCAGGCCUCCUCCGACCAACCAGCCCCCGGCCUCAGCCCCUGUCAACCAGCCCACAACAAGCAGUCCAAGGCAGGGGAGCCAGGCUCCGAUCUCAGUCCGGCCCGGCCCAAACCCCCCGUAGACCCAGAGAGGGGGGGCCUGAGGGCCCAGAGGUUACUAGAACUAGAGGAGGAGUUUUCUACUCUGAUUCACCCUGAGGAGCUGGCCCUGAACCUGGGCCUCCCUCCCAGCCUGCUGGACUUCAUCUACCAGUACUGGAAACUGAAGAGGAAGAGCAACUUCAACCGUGCUCUGCUGCCCCCUAGUGAGGAGGAGGGUAACCUGCUGCUGUUGCCUCAUGAAGACAGCAUCCACACACGGAUGAGGAUGUUCAUGCACCUCCGACAGGACUUAGAGAGGGUGAGGAACCUGUGUUAUAUGGUGAGUCGGAGGGAGAAGCUGAAACUGUCUCAGAGCAAGGCCCAGGAGCAGAUCUUCAACCUCCACGUCAAACUGCACAACCAGGAGAUCUCCGCUGGUCUGCCGGUGGACAGCAUGUUGUUCCGGCCUCCUCCCAGAAUCACCCUGACGCUGAAGAUGCCCAAAGUGUCGCUGGGUAACGGGAAGACCGGCUCCAAGUCAGUCAACGGCCCCCUGUGUCCAGAUAACAGCGGAAAUGUUCACGAACGUAGUGGGGGGGGUAAAGGAGGAGGGAAGCCUCAGCUCCAUGGGCGAGGCAGGAGAGAGGAGCGCUCCAAUGGCAGUCUACUGUCAACCUCUACCUCAGGUCAGUCAUUUAGAGAGAGCAGUACCACCACUGGUCCAGCACUGACCAACAGCAUGUCCAGAGGCUCAGCCCUGCCUAUCAAAUCUACUGGCAAGCCCCUGACUGGCAAAACCUUAACGGGUAAAACAGUGGUGCUCCAACUGGACCCAGACCGAGCGGGCCACAUCCCCAAAUCCAACGGUGUGAUGGAGAAGAUGGUUGGCGUGACCCAGAAGGACACCGCCUGUCAGACCCCCAGUGAACAGGAAGCUGGUGAGGGGUCAGGGGGCAAGGGCAGCCAGUCAGCCAGCUUCAGGAGGUCAACCAUGGAGCACUUCAGCCGGUCAUUCAAGGAGGCGACGGUCAGUUUGGUGCGGACCACGGAGGACCUGCGGGGGGACAAGGUGUCCCAGGGGGGUAGAGGCUCCAGAUCAGCCCAGGACCGACCCUGGGCCAAACCAGCUCCUGGAGGCCCCCAAGGAGCCAGUGGUACCAGAUCAGCCCAGGACCGACCCUGGGCCAAACCAGCUCCUGGAGGCCCCCAAGGAGCCAGUGGUACCAGACCACCACCCAACCAGGAGAUGGAUGGAUACUGCCCUGACCUGGAGCUCAGUGACUCGGAGCCAGAGGCUCAAGGUCAGAGGUGGAGGCAGGGUAGGGGUGACUCGGGGGGCCAGGCAGGAGGAGACUACAGCAGGGGGAACAGCAGAGGGAAGCAGGGCCUGGGGGGGUCCAGUAGAACCUCAGCACAGAGGUGACAUCCCUGACCCCUCACCUACUGUAGACACUGGCCCCAGUUCUGUCACCGCUCUGUCAUUCCCUCUCUGACUACUGGAGCCCUGACCAGCCAUAGAGCAGCAGGGGCCAAUCGCAGCCAUCUAUUGGUCAACUGGGACCAGGGCCCCCUACACUGGCUGGGGCAACUAUCUAUUGGUCAACUGGGACGUUGGCCCCCGACACUGACUGGGGCAUCGAUCUAAUGGUCAACUGGGACCAGGGCCCCCUACACUGGCUGGGGCAUCUAUCUAAUGGUCAACUGGGACCAGGGCCCCCCACACUGGCUGGGGCAUCUAUGUAUUGGUCAACUGGGACCAGGGCCCCCUACACUGGCUGGGGCAUCUAUCUAUUGGUCAACUGGGACCAGGGCCCUCUACACUGGCUGGGGCAUCUAUCUAAUGGUCAACUGGGACCAGGGCCCCCUACACUGGCUGGGGCAUCUAUCUAUUGGUCAACUGGGACCAGGGCCCUCUACACUGGCUGGGGCAUCUAUCUAAUGGUCAACUGGGACCAGGGCCCCCUACACUGGCUGGGGCAUCUAUCUAUUGGUUAACUGGGACCAGGGCCCUCUACACUGGCUGGGGCAUCUAUCUAUUGGUCAACUGGGACACAUACAGACAGGAGGACUGAUGCAUGGUGGGGGUCCAGAUCAUCACCUCAAUGGGACUGGGACGUUUGUCCUCCUGUUACGGAUCCUCUAUCUCUCUCCAUGCUCGCUGUGAGCGGAGCAGUGUUGUACUAUCUUCUGAGAUUAAACCACUUGUCUGUUUA